UAGAGCAGCAGUGGGAGGGCUGUUCUCUGGGUUUUCUCUCUCUGGUUUAAACAUAGGAGGAAAACAGAGAGCAGCCACGCCGCCCACUGAAACCAUUACGCAAAGAAAAGCCUCUCCGAGGAGCGCAGACAGCCGCAGACAGGCAGACAUACAGGCAGACACACAGGCAGACACACAGGGGGGGGACUGCUGCAUGCAUCCGACAGAAGAACAGACAAAAGAUGGAUGAACAUGUUGCCACCAAAGAGCUGUGACGUCGCUGUGAAGUUGUCGAUGGACGGUGUGUUUUCUUAACUUCACUUGGAGUUGUGCAACCUUUCUACUAGACCUGUUUGACGUACCUUCUCGAAAAUAAUCGCUGUUGUCUGCCAGUCAAUAUAAUAAGACAUCACCUACCUAUCUUUAAAAAAAUAAAAUAAAAAUGGAGACUCUUUCCCAAGACUCCAUCCUGGAGUGCCAGAUCUGCUUUAACUACUACAGCCCCCGCCGGCGGCCCAAACUCCUGGAUUGCCGUCACACGUGCUGCUCGGUGUGUUUGACCCAGAUGCGCAGCAGCCAGAAGGAGAUCCGUUGUCCCUGGUGCCGCAGCGUCACCAAGCUCCCGCCGGGCCUGUCCGUCUCCCAGCUCCCAGACGACCCGGACAUCAUCACCGUCAUCGCCAUCCCUCACGCCUCCGAGCACACGCCCGUCUUCAUCCGCCUCCCCAGCAACGGCUGCUACAUGCUGCCGCUGCCCGUCUCCAAGGAGCGGGCGCUGGGCCUCCCCGGGGAGCUGGGAUGUCGUUUCCUGCCCGGCGGCCAGCAGAAGGGGAUGACGGUGGUGACCAUGCCCGAGCAGCAGCCUCUGGGCCUGGCUAUGGGUCUGGAGGGGAUGAGGAUGGGGCUGGACGUAGGCGAGGGCGAGAGGAGGGUUAAUGGCCCCGUUGGAGGAGCAGGAGGGAAGGGCUCCACGUGGUCCGGCGUGUGCACGGUGAUCCUGGUGGCGUGCGUGCUGCUCUUCCUCCUGGGCAUCGUGCUGCACAACAUGUCCUGCAUCUCCAAACGCUUCACUGUCAUCUCUUGCGGCUGAGGGCGGUGGGGGAGGCUGCUCGGACUGCCGCGGACCCCCCCUCCUGGAUUUCCCCUGCUAGCCCUGCUUCUCCUCAAAGACAGGACUCUGCUGAGGAGAGGGGGACUAAACUCACAUCACGGGCGUCCAAGGAAACUCCAGAGCAACAUAAGUAGAUUGGAGAUGAAGAAGCCAUUGUGUCCCAUUUCCUUUAUUUGGGAGACUGAACUUGAGAUGGAAAUAAAGAUGCAAACCUUCACUUCCCUCUUUCCGGCCCAGAAACUCCUGUCCUUUUCCUGUCCUUCCGUUUUCUCUGAAAGAACGCUUUGGGAAUUACUCCAGAAAUGUUUUUUGGCCAGCUGAAAUGUGUUUUCCCAGCUGAUAUGUUUUUGGCUAAGGGGGCCCGAUCUAAUAACUCACUCACAAUCACAGCCGUUGGAUUGCCUGUUUAGUCUGUGGUUGGUAGAAGUGCAUCAGUUUUCAUAGUGUUGUUUCGCUGAGUGUAGGUUCCAAGUGCGCUGUCUCCAGCCGGUGCUGCAGUACUAAAGGGUUCGGACUUGGCUGCUCUCCGUCCUCUGAUGCUGCAGGAAUUAACUGUGCAGGAUCCACGUCUGGCUCUGUCUGAAUCAUCGGGGAAACUCAAAAUCAACACAGCUUUUCUGUUGUUUUUUUUCUCCCUUUCAUACAACCUGAGAACAAACUGUUGCUAUAAUGGGUCCAUGUAGUUAGUAAAAGGACGGACAAAAACAUGGAUUGGACUGUUCAUUCAUGCCAUCUUAUUACCGGCCUAGACAAAAAAAACAUGGGAUGUGUGUUGCUUAAUUAAGGUGGAAAAGUUUGUAUUAGUGAUGAAACGAUUAGGCAAUGAAAAUAUGAAGAUUUGUCAUUUUCUUGCUUGUUUACUAGAUUUUUUUUCUGUAAAUUCUACAUAAUUGGACACAACUUAUUUGAAAUCAUCACUUGGGCUCUCAAAAAUUGGGAUGGUAACGUUUUUCCGAAAGAAAAAAAAAAAAGAAAUUAAGAAAUGAUUGAUUAAUUGGUAGUGAAGAUGAUCACUUUCUGUCCUGUUUUGAAUGUGGUGGUAGCACUUUGUGCAGCCUUUUAUUAGGAUCUUAGGUUCCAAUGCUUUACAGGCUAACUGAAACAGGAAUUAUUCAAAAUACUAUAUUUGCCAUUGAAAACAUUUUAAAAGGAACAGUUUGACAUUUUGGUAAAUGCACCCUUUCACAUUCUGUCUAAGAAUUAGAUGAGGAGUUUGACACGUCUCUCAUAUCUGUGCGCUAUACAGUGAACCAGGUGGCGAUUAGCUUAGCUUAGCAUAAACUGGUAGCAGAGGGAACAUUAAGACUGGCUCACUUUACCAGCACCUCUAAAGCAGAGUUAGAAACACGUUGUAUUGUGUCUAAACUAAAAUGUAAUGUUGUGCUAGAUGCUAGGCGACAUGUGUUACAGCCCAUAACUCCAAAUAAAACCACAGCUAUAAAUGUUUGUAUGGUUUCAACAACAAAAAAUAUAUUUUUAACAAUUUAAAGCAAUUUGUGAUUUGAAUCUGUCUUUGUUGAUGUGUUUUCUAACUUUGAAAAGAGCACGUGCUACAUGCUACAUGCUACGUGAGUUGGUUGCAGCUCAAAACUCCCCAUGAAUCCACAGCUUUAAAUUGUAAGGUUUACAAAUAAGCUGUGUUUUCUUAUUGUGUUUUUUUAACUUUGAAGAGGAGCAGGGUACAGACAGAUUUACAUUAUGCUACAUGCUAAUAAUACAAUAGUUGCAGCAUGUAACCCCUCAUUAAACCAUUAUUUCAUUUGACUUUAAAGAUAGCCAGGCUAGCUGUUUCCACCUGCUUCCAGUCUUUAGGCUAAGUUAACUAAGCUUAUCGCCUCGUAGUUAUAGCUCUGUAUUUGUACUUGGCAAGAAAUCCAAUAAGCGCAAUGUCAAACUAUUUCUUUAAGUAAAUAGAAUUAAAAAUAGAAGAAAAUUGGAGAUGAAAGGCAACAUUCUUGUUCUUUCUUCUUUGUUUCUCUUUUCCCACGGAUGCUUAGUGUUUUAUCUUUCAUCGAUUAUAGUUAACUGUCCAUCUACUUCUCACCCUGACCUGCAGACCUCCAUCGUCCAAACACACACCGUCCACUCCCUCCAUCUUAAUACCUUUACUUCAUUUCUAAACCGGUGGAUAUGGGCUCAACCAGGCGGUGCCGUGUUUGUUUGUGUGUGUGAGUAAUGGGUCAGUAACGGGUCAGGAGUGGGCGGACGCUGCAGGAUUCCAGUUAAUGACGGCCGCAUCGAUUUAUCUGCUUUUGAAUAUCUCUCGCAUCCGCAGAGGUGGAUGCUUCUCCCUUUUUCCCCACUUUUAUAUGUUGAGGCAAGCAAUUUGUCUGUUUACUGUAUCGUUAAAGCAAUGGAGUGUACAGUGCACACAAACAGGGUCUUGUACAGAAUGAUUGUAAUUUUCUUUGUUUUAUUUUCUGAUAACUUUCUUAUUUUAACAUGUUUUUACUUGGUUAUUAUUAAGAUUAUUAUUAAGAGGGAGCUAUUUUUCAGUACACUUCAGGGCACUUAGAGAUGGCAUGACACACCAGUGACACAAUAUAAGGAAAAUAAAGUGUUUGGGAUUUUUUGGUAUUACGUAUAUAAAGAAUUAUAUACUGUACCAAAAUGCUAUAUAUACUAUAAUGCGUUCUGUAUAUCCUCAAAUAAU